AUGGCCGAUGACAUCGAUUCGACUCUUUACCGGCUCAUACCAGAAGAGCUCCCCGAAACCAUGCAAACAAGCGCAUCGGAAGACCCCACGACAGCUUCCAAUGUCAGCGCAGAGGAAGGUCCCAGGCGGAAGAGGCCCCGCCGUCGUCGCGAUGACCCGGAGCCGGAUCACUCCAGUCUCGUGAGGGAGGAACAACAAGUUAAGCAGGCAACCUCAGACCGCUGUCGCCAUGCUUGUGACAGGUGCAAAUACAAGAAGACGCGCUGCACUGCUGUACCUGGCGAUCCUAGAUGUCUGCUCUGCAGUCAGCUGGGAAAGGAUUGCUACGUCACUGACCGCGUCACUAACGAGACGUACAAGCGUGGUGAACCAGCCAUGAUGAAGCGUAAGAUCGCUGAGCUGGAGGACAAGAUUUUCAAUCUUGAGGCGGAGAUUGAUGACUACGCCAAGGAGAAAUCUGCUCGUGAGCCGCUUGUUAUGGAAGACAUGGUCAUUGAGCUGGAGGAGAAGGUUGCCGGUCUUGAGGGUGAGGUUGAGGUCUCUAUCAUGGAGAACUCUAAGCUCAGGGCGAAUAUUGUGGCCUUGGAGGACGAGAAUGCUCUUAUUCGGGAGGAAAAUUUUAGGUGGAGAGAACAGAAUUGUUUCCUUGAUAGGUAG